AUGAGUGACAAUAAUUUAACAUUAUUACAUCAUAAUGAGUAUGACUCAAUUUCAAAUCAAGAUGAAACUUUAAGUUCACUUAUCUUUUUUACGAUUGUUUAUGUUCUUGUACUUAUAUCUGGUCUUAUUGGCAAUUUUAUUGUCUUAUAUGUUAUAUUAAAAAAUAAUGAUUUAAAACAUUUUACAAAUUAUUUUUUUGCCAACUUAAGUGCAGCAGAUGUAUUUGUACUUUUAUUUUGUAUACCAACUGCUAUACAUGAUAUUUGGGCAAAAGAUCAAUGGUAUAUGGGAAAAUUUUUUUGUUUGAGUAAUCAAUAUAUUGAAAGUUGUGCAACAAGUGUCUCUUCAUUGACAAUAACAGCAAUAAGUUUUGAACGUUUUAUUGCAAUAUGUGAACCAUUUAAAGUUCAUGAUAUAUUCAAUGAAACAUUAACUUUAACUACUAUUUGUUUAAUAUGGGCUAUAGGUCUUAUAUUUUCUUUACCAUUUUUAAUUUUUGCUGUUUAUGAUUCAUCAUUUAAUCCAACUGAUUCAUUAAAUGAUACAUCAAAUCUUCUAACAGUUUGUCAAUUAAAUGCUAAUUCAAGUACAGCACGUGCUUGUAUAACAUGGUUCAUUGUUGUACUUAUAUUUAUCCCAUUUUUUGUUUUAAUAUUUAUAUAUGCACGUAUUAUACUUGAAUUAGCUCGUCAUCGUGCAUUAAGUUUAACAGCUAUAACAAAAACUCAACAACAACAACAAUCAUAUGAUGAUGAAACAAAUAGUUUGAAUGGUGGUUUAACAUCGAAUAUUGAUAAUCAACAAUCACAUUCAUUUCUUGCUUAUAAACGUUUUGAACAAAAACGUCUUAAUACAGUUAUUAUUUGUGUUGUAACUGUAGCUUUUUUCGCAUGUCAAUUUCCUGUACGUAUUAUUCAAUUAAUUGAUAUGUAUGGACGUGUAAGAAAUGAAGAAAUAAUGGGACAUUUAACAUGGAUAUGGUUAUGGAAAUUAUCAAAAUUACUUUUUUUUCUCAAUUUUACAGCAAAUCCAAUUAUUUAUAAUAUAUUAUCAACGAAAUUUCGUCGUUCAUGUCGACGUCUUUUUCAAAUUCAUCGUUCAAUAAGUGCAAUAUCAAAUUCAUCACGUAAAGCAAGUAUAUCAUCCUAUCUUUAUUCAAGUAUAUAUAAGAAAAGUCGACGACAAAGUAGUUUACGUAAUAAUCCAAAUCUUAUAAAUCAAAAUUAUCGAUUAAAUAAAAAAUUAAGUUUAAAACGAAAUAUUGUUGAUUCAAAUCCAAUGAUUUCAUUAAUGAAUAAUAAUAUUAAUAAACCGAUUAUUUAUAAUGAUAGUGAAAGUCGAGAUCUUGUUACAAUUGGAAGUAAUGAAGAAAUUCCCACAACAACAAUAAUAAAUAAUACAAAACGUUCACAACAUAUAUUUCAAGUAUUAAAUGAAGAAGAAGAUGAAAAUACUAUUGAAUAA